AUGGCUACCCCUAGUGUCCUCACUUUUGAUGAUGAGGGCCGUGCCGUUGACUUUGAGGUCUGGGUCGAUGACCUCCAGCUGUUUCUCCAAUGCGAUAGGGCAAACGGACUCUCUCUGUUCGAUCUCACCUCUGGUGUCUCUCCUGCCCCGCCUGCUACUGCUGACAGCACUGUUUGCUCACAGUGGGCCACACGGGAUGCUGCUGCUCGCCUUGCUGUUCGUCGCCACUUAUCGACCACUGAGCGUGCACACUUUAGCCAAUACAAGAGUGCUCAGACCUUGUACAACGCUAUAGUUGCACGCUACUCUUCCCCUGCCACUGCUGCACUGAGCCACCUCAUGCUACCGUACCUCUUCCUUGACCUUGCUGCCUUUCCCACUGUCGCUGACCUCAUUACGCACCUCCGCACUAGUGACACUCGCUACCGCGCUGCGCUUCCUGCUGAGGACCACUUCCUCUCCGUUUGCCCCACCACUCUCACCAUUGACCUCCUCGAGAAGGCCCUCCUAGCGAUAGAGAAGAGAAUAGUUAUUGUAGGAGCCUCUCGUGGUGACCCUCCCACCCCCGUCUUUGAGGGUUGUUCUCCCUCCCCCCUCUUGCCCUCUGUUGCCUCUGCUGCUACGGCCGACCUCGUUGGCUUCGAGUCGGUCGGCGUUGCGUCUGCCCCGAGCGGGAGACGCCGCACCAGCAAGGGCAAGGGGGGCGAGGGCGCUGGAGGGGCUAGAGGGGGCGGUGGAGGUGGUGGUGGAGGCAGUGGAGGGAGUGGGGGUGGUGGUGGGAGUGGUGCCGGGGGUGGCGGCGGCGGCGGCAGCAGUGGAGGCGGCGGAGGCGAUGUUGGUGGCGGAGGGAGCGGAGGCGGCGGAGGGAGCGGAGGCGGCGGAGGGAGCGGAGGCGGCGGAGGGAGCGGAGGCGGCGGAGGUGGCGGAGGAGGCGGGGGUGGAGGAGGCGGCGGCGGCGGUGUUGGAGCGGGUCGCGACUCUGCGCAGAGGAGUGGCUCAGGUGGUGGUCCGCACCAGCAGCAGCGGAGUGGUGUGACCCUGUCCCCUCAGCAACUUCGUGAGUGGUACACUGCGCGUCAGCGCGGUGGGGGUUUUGGUCCCUUCACUUACGUCCUCCGUACCGGCGACCGAGCUGGUGAGCAGUGCGAAGGCCUGCACUCCACCCAGCGCUGCUUCCGUCGCCUGACGGACGCGUGGCGUCGCCAGUUCCCUGAGGCGUUAGAGAUCCCUCGCUGGGGAGAUCUGGCCAAGGCAGGGGUUGUUAUCUUUGAUCUUGAUUUUGAUGCUAUUCUUGCUGCCAUGUAUGCUGUUGAUACUAGUGUUGCGGGUGACUGUUACCUGUGUGUACCGCCUGACCCGGGCAUUGAGGCCGCUGCUCUAGGUACUGGUGAGGCUGCUGCUCUAGGUGCUAGUGCGUCUGCUGCCCCCGGUGCCAGUGCGUCUGAUGCCCCAGGUGCUAGUGAGUCUGCUCUCUCAGGUACUACGUCGGCUCAGGCCUUCCACACCUUCACCCUUGACUCGGGUGCAUCCCGCUCCUUCUUUCAAGACCGCACCACUCUUACGCCGCUCAGUCGGCCGGUUGCAGUCUCCCUGGUUGACCCCUCUGGGGGUCCUGUCCUUGCUAGCUACUCCAAUGUCUUACCGUGCCCGGCAGCCCCCUCUGGUACCCUGUCAGGUCUCUACCUCCCCUCGUUCUCUACGAACUUGGUGAGUGGAGCGGACCUACAGGAUAGGGGGGUUGACCAGUUCACUCCUGCGAGUCAGGGAGUGACCCACUGCACGUGUGCUUGGACAGGCCGACACUGUUAUAGUCAUAGUAGGUUCCAAUGUGCCUAA